GGAGUUCGGGGAUCAAGCAGACGAUUGCCCUAUCCCGUCGCCGCGGCUGAAGGGGAUCGCAACGCCAGACCGCCCUGCUGCCCUCCGGUUCCUAGGGGACAGGUACAACAACCUGAUGGAGAAGUACAAGCAGCAGGUGGCUAAGUGUGCUGAGGAGUGUGUCCUAGGGGACAGGUACAACAACCUGAUGGAGAAGUACAAGCAGCAGGUGGCUAAGUGUGACGAGGAGUGUGCACCAAGGUUCGAUGGCUUGAAGAAGAAGUACACGGCUGAGUGUGCGGUACGGCGUCGUUUGUACAAUGAACUCAUUGAGCUGAGGGGAAACAUCAGGGUGUUCUGCCGGUGCCGGCCUCUAAGUGCCGAUGAGAUAUCCCGUGGGUGCUCGUCAGUGGUUGAGGUCGAUCCGUCCCAGGAGACUGACCUUCAGUAUGCUCCCACAGAGAAAGAGAGGAAGAGCUUUAAGUUUGAUCAUGUUUUUGGACCGGCUGAUGGUCAAGAGACUGUAUUUGCUGAGAGCUUGCCAGUCGUGAGGUCAGUGAUGGAUGGUUUCAAUGUUUGCAUCUUUGCAUACGGGCAAACCGGAACUGGGAAAACAUUCACUAUGGAAGGUAUUCCAGAGAAUAGGGGUGUUAAUUACAGGGCUCUCGAAGAACUGUUCAGGAUCUCUGAGGAGAGAAGCUCAUCUGUUGCAUACACAUUUUGCGUGAGUAUACUAGAAGUCUAUAACGAAAAAAUCAGGGACCUUCUUGAUGACAACUCUGAACAAACAUCAAAAAGGUUGGACAUAAAGCAAAGUGCUGAUGGGGCACAAGAGGUGCCUGGUUUGGUUGAAGCUCCAAUUUAUACAAUAGAUGGUGUGUGGGAGAAACUGAAAGCUGGAGCUAGAAAUAGAUCUGUUGGAUCAACCAGUGUAAAUGAACUGAGCAGCCGCUCCCAUAGCUUGGUUAGAGUCACUGUUACGAGUGAGCAUUUGGUGACUGGGGAAAAGAGCAGAAGCCACAUGUGGUUGGUUGACCUUGCUGGAAGUGAGCGCUUGGCUAAAACUGAAGUAGAAGGAGAGAGGCUGAAGGAGGCAAAGUUCAUCAACAAAUCACUCUCUGCACUGGGUGAUGUUAUUGCUGCCCUAGCCUCAAAAAAUACCCACAUCCCAUAUAGGAAUUCCAAGCUAACUCAUCUGCUCCAAAGCUCAUUAGGUGGAGAUUGCAAGACACUUAUGUUUGUGCAGAUUAGUCCAAGCUCUACAGAUUCGGGAGAAACUCUCUGCUCGCUUAAUUUUGCUAGUAGGGUUCGAGCUAUUGAACAUGGACCUGCUCGUAAACAAGUGGAUCCAGCUGAAAAUUUCAAGCUCAAGCAGAUGACCGAAAAACUCUGUCAUGAGGAAAAGGAAAAUGCUAAGUUGAACGAAAGCUUGCAACUGAUGCAGCUCAAAUAUGCUUCUCGCGAAAAUGUCUUCAGAACACUUCAGGAUAAGAUAAGGGAGACUGAGCAAGCAUGCAGAACUCAUCAGCAGCGGGUUAGAGAGCUGGAGAAUGAAUUAGCUAAUGAGAAGAAGGCUGCGAGGGAUACGGGUAGAUCCACAUCCACGAGGCCAUCAUUUGCUCCCGUGAGGCAGCAGAGACCACCACUUGCUCCUAUGAGGCAGAGACAAGCAAGCAACAACAUACAGCCACUGCCAGGCCCUUCCAGACUGAGGCUUGCUGGUAAGGGAUCUUCAGUUCAGAACAAAGAGAACAUCCCUGUGGUAAACAAGGCUGCUGGUAAAGCACGGCGUGUAUCUUUAGUUCCUACGAUGCGACAGAUCCCUCUCCAGCCUAAGAGGCGAUCCUCGAUUGCGAUCCUACCAAGCGAGAGAGAGAGGAUCUCUGUAUUUCCUGACAAGAGGCCAAUGUCUCGACUGUCCCAUAUCCAAAUGCCAACAAGAGCACGGGCUACUUAUAAUUCAAUUCAACAAGCAGCAGCAGAACCGGCGGUUGAUGCAACUCCUGAUGUCAGAGGAAAGUUCAAAGGAUUCGAGUUUGGCAGCAGCAGUAAGUUCUCAAGCCCUCCAAUGUGGAAGUCAAGGAACAAUAUUGCAGGUUCUGGAAAUGCGAGCAAGCUAUGCUACAGUAUCCAGAAAAGAGUAGCUCUUGGUUCAUCACCUGCUCAACCACGAACUUCCUUGAUGUCUGGUGCUAUUGGUUCAUCACCUGCUCAACCACGAACUUCCUUGAUGUCUGGUGCUGGCAGCAUCUUCGAUCCAGCAGUGCGUGAACAAAUAAUGGCAGGGAGACUCGGGAAUGCGCAGCGGGUGUUCAACUCCAAGAGGAGAAUGUCUGUCCUCUAAGCGCUUGUUUUGGAACUGAAGAUGGGUAAAUGUUUGGAAUGUUCAAAUUGCUGCGGAACCGGGACAUUGCUUGGAGAAGGCCAGUGGCUGGGAGUUUGUGUUGAUAGGAGAACUUGUGUUAGGGUGAUGAUAAAUGCUCUACUUUUAGGGCUGUGUAUAAUUAUACCCUGAUGGGUUUGUUGGAUUAGCUAUUGGCAUCUGUCUGGAUGCUUUCAUUUCAUCCUAGAAGCUGCUUGCUUAUGCUACUUUUAUAAGAAAACCAGAGUACAUCACUCAAUUAUUCUAACCUGAAUCUACAUCUGAAUAGUAUUCAGUUGCAUGUUCGGUUUACAUGCUUUG